GAUGUUAGGUUUAUGGAUGGUCGGGUAUGAUGAAUUUUUUGGUGGAAUGAGCUGCGGAUCGGAAUUUCUAUGCUGUCCUUGCUUUGCCCUAUGUUUCUUCUAUAGUUUUCUGCAACGGAUUUUGGGAGCUGAGGAUUGAUUUUGAUGUUUUCGGGUUUCCUCUUGAUGGAUAUGUGUUCGGUUCUUGGAUUUGGCUGUGAAUUCCGUGAUGCUUCCUCGGAUCUGUACCGAAGUGAGAUUUCUGUGUUUGUACUUGAUAUAGAUGAAGAAAAAAUGGCAUCACACAUUGUUGGGUACCCUUGCAUGGGGCCAAAGAGAGAGCUUCAAACUGAAUUAGAAACCUUUUGGAGUGGAGAGAGCAGUUCUGAUCGACUGCAAAAAGUUGCAGCUGAUCUCAGGUCAUCUGUUUGGAAGCAAAUGGCGGAUGCAGGGAUCAAAUACAUUCCAAGCAAUACAUUUUCCUACUUUGAUCAAAUGCUUGAUACAACGGCAAUGCUUGGUGCUGUUCCUGAGAGGUACAACUAUACUGGCGAUGAGAUAGGAUUUGAUAUAUAUUGCUUAAUGGCCAGGGGAAAUGCAUCUGCUGUUCCUGCUUUGAAAUCUAUGGAGAAGAGACAGUGGUUUGACACCAAUAAGCAUUUCAGUGUCCCUGAGUUGGGCCCAAAUACAAAUUUCUCAUACUCCUCGCACAAAGCAGUGUCUGAAUACAAGGAGGCAAAGGCGUUGGGAAUUGAAACAGUUCCCGUUCUCAUUGGGCCUGUAACUUACUUGUUGCUCUCAGAACCUGCUAAAGGUGUUGAGAAGUCAUUUUGCCCCCUUUCACUUCUUGAAAGCAUUUUGCCUAUUUAUAAGGAAGUUAUUGUGGAGCUGAAGGCUGCUGGUGCUUCAUGGAUUCAGUUUGAUGAGCCAACCCUUGUUCUGGAUCUUCAGUCUGACAAGUUACAUGCAUUCACAGAGGCUUACUCCAAACUAGAAUCAUCUCUGUCAGGCUUGAAUGUGCUUGUUGAGACUUACUUUGCUGGUGUACCUGCAGAAGCAUACAAGAUUGUCACUGCUUUGAAGGGUGUCUCGGGUUUUGGUUUUGACCUUGUUCGUGGAAUCGGGACAGUUGACUUGAUCAAGACUGAAGGCUUCCCUGCUGGCAAGUAUCUUUUUGCAGGAGUUGUUAAUGGAAGGAACAUUUGGGCAAAUGAUCAUACAUUCUCGCUCAGCAUACUUGAGAAACUUGAGGGUGCUGUUGACAAAGACAAGCUUGUUGUCUCUACUUCUUGCUCACUCAUGCACAUUGCUGUUGACCUUGACAAGGAGUCAAAAUUGGACGAUGAAAUUAAAUCAUGGCUAGCAUUUGCUGCUCAAAAAGUUAUUGAAGUAAAUGCAUUGGCUAAAGCAUUGGUUGGUCCGAAGGGUGAGGCGUCAUCAUCAUUUCCUAAACCAAAAUUUUCCAGAAAUUUAUUAGCUCUCCUAUUAGCCAGCAGCGAGCCGCCGUCAUCUUUGGAAAUUAAUGAAUCUGAACUUUCCAAAGAUCUGUUACAUUUUAUCUUCUCAAAACUUUCUUUGAUCGAUCUUCUCAUAUGUGGCGAUGUGUGCACACGUUGGUGCAAGGCUGUCCGUCUUAUGUGCUGCAGUUCUGAUAUUCAAGUCCCACAGGCUCCUCCAUUGUUUCUAUGGCAAGAUAAAUCAAAUGAGCACACACACUAUGUUAGCCUAUGGGAGGAUCAGAUGCAGAUUCAGAUUCAGAAGAAUUCUUGUAUCCGUGGAACAAUCAUUGGAUUUGCUCAUGGUUGGCUAAUAAUUGUAGCCAAGGAUCAUGUGUACCUUAUUGAUCCUAUAACCCAUGUGCGUAUCGACCUUCCGUUGAUCACCUUCGUGGACACUAACUCUUGGGACUUUAGGGGAACAUUGUCUUCACCUUCUUCUCCAGAUGGAGAUUUCACGGUCAUCAUAAUAUUCAGCAGCCAAGGUGUGGAUAACUUUUUGAUCUUUGCUAAUACAAAAGAUGAGCAGUGGACCCAUAUAAAUACAAAGAAUGAAGAGGUGAUAUUAGACGCUACCCUUUAUAAGGGUAAAAUUUAUGCAGUGACGAAUGAGAACAUGUUGACUUACGAUCUCGUCGAACCGCAUUCCAUGACGCAACUGGUAGAUUUUCAUGAGAGAGGGUUUCUGAUUUGCCAAGCAAAUUUUUUUUACACUCCGGAAGGUGAUCUAAUGUUGACAGAUAUAAAUAAGACAAGUGUUAAGGUUUGGAAGGUCGAUUUAGAGGCGAUAGACUACCUCGAACGGAUGGACAGUUUGGACCCAUAUGUUGUAUUCGUGAGCAGAGGCGCCUCUAUCUGCAUCGAGUCUUCUCAAUUCCUUAUUUUGAGAUCAAACUCGAUAUAUUUUUUUAACUCAGUUAAGCAGGUUAUGAUUUAUAGCAUGUUGGAAAACAAUAUCACCACCAUGGACGAGAUACAUUUAUUUGCACCUUCAGAUGUUCUGCCAAUAUGGUUUACACCUAUUCUCAGACCUUAUCGCAGGGAACCGACAGUAUGACAAUGAUUGAACAAUAUUCUGUGUAUUUUUUUCUUCAACAUGUUGCGCUUCUCUUUGUUUUUCUCCAAUUCAGAAUAUUAAGAAGUCUAUUUUCGAAUUUUGUCUUUA